AUGGAAGAAACGAUUCCAUACAACAUGAAACUGCCGGUUUUGUCAACGUUCAAUGGAGAAGGAGAUCCGCGGGAUCAUACUUCCAGAUUCACAGCCACCAUGGGGCUACUAAGCGUAUCAGACGCAAUUCUACGCCGAGUAUUCCCAACCACUCUCACAGGAACCGCCCAAAGGUGGUACAACAAGCUGAAACCAGGAUCUGUCAAGAGCUUCACCUCGCUAUCGACAGAGUUUCUCAACAGAUAUCUCACGAAUAUACCAGCAAAAACAACCACUAGCAUCCUGAGGUCAUGCAUUCAGGAAGAAGGAGAAACAUUAAGAAGCUAUAUCGAGCAAUUUAACAAGCAAGCUAUGAAAAUCGAUAAUCUGAAUGUCGACAUGGCAACCGAAGCGUUGCGGGAAGGAACGCGAUUCGGCAAACUAGUAGACAAGCUGCUAAUUAAUAAACCCACGACUUUCUCGAACCUAAUGGGCAUAGCCCAAAAAUACUUCGAGCUAGACAAGGGUCGGAGGGCAAUUCGCGGGAAAGAAGCAAAGGGAAAAGAGUCAAAAGAGAAAUCCAAGGAAAAAUCAAAGUCGAAAUCUCAAGAUAGAAGAGGAAGGCCAGAGGAGAGUAGGCGAUUCGCCCCCCAAACUAGGUACGAGCCUGGGUACGACCCCCGAGACGAUGAAAGCAACUUCACACCUCUGAGUACCAACCGAACUAACGUCCUCAUGUGGAUCAAAGAUAACGUCAAGAACGUAGUAUGGCCGCCCAAGAUGAAAGCCGAAAUAAGAGACACAAGAAAAUAUUACAAAUUCCACGAAGAUCAUGGACAUGAGACAGACAGUUGCAGAGAUUUGAAAGUCGAAAUCGAGAGAAUGAUAGAUACAGGAGAACUAAGGAAAUUAGUGGCCCACAAACCAAAAAACAAUGACAAAGGAGAAAAAAGGAGUAGAGAUUACAAAGGAAAAGAGAAAGAAGACGAACGCUCAUCAAAAAUACUAGGGACCAUACACAUGAUCAAUGGAGGAGGACAUAGCAGCUCAACGAUUAGAAGAAAACAAAGAAAAGAAGUGAUGAACAUCAGAGAAACCCACAUGUCACCUGUAAUUUUUGAUGUUGAAGACUACGAGCACGUGAAAGCACCCCACAACGAUGACCUGGUGGUGACUACUAUCAUUGAGAACUGA